GAACAAUAGCCUUUCAUUUAAUUGUUUUUUAAAAUGGCAGGUUUGCAUAUCUGAAAAUAUGAUGAUGAAACUUUUUGCUUUAAACCAAUUGAAUUGUCUUCAAAAAAAAAUAGGUGUUUUUUGUGCAACUCAUUAACAGGGCUAGAUAAAAUGCUUUCACAUCCAUUUUUAAGAAUUUCUCUUUUAAAAGCCUUUUCUUUCCUUUGAACCUCAAUUAGCCAUGGCAUCCCGACAUCUCGCUUUUUCUUUCAAGAAAUCACUUAACUAUGCAAGUUUACGUCGUAAUGUCUGUCUAAUGACAGCCAUUCACAGUCGUUCAGCGGUGGCUGGAUUAUCAGACAGCUGGAUGCGAACAGGCCAGCAGACAGGCUCCAUUCUCUAUGAGCAGCAGCAGCAACAGCAAAGACGAUACAAUACGCAAUCCAACAAUAAUCAGAAUGUACCUUACAAGAUCAUCGAUUAUCAAGAUAUUCAAAAAUGGAUCCGACGAAAAGCUGACAGUAAGAAUGCACGUCAUUUGAUUGAUGUACGCGAAGAAAACGAAGUAAAGGAAGGAUAUAUCCCGACUGCAGUGAAUGUGCCACUGAGUCAGUUCUUAACGGCAUGGACAUUGCCUUCUGAAGAAUUUAAAGAAAAGUUUGGGUUCGAUAAGCCCGAGAAGAAGCAUACAUUGGCAUUGUACUGUUUGGCAGGUGUUCGUAGCACGAAAGCAGCAGAGUAUCUUGCAGGUCUAGGUUAUGAGGACCUUGAGAAUUAUGUGGGUAGUUGGGCAGAUUUCAUUGAAAACGAAGAAAAGGAAGAAGCAAAAAGAAAGGCAAAUAAAUAAAUAAAUUGACGGGAUCAAGAUAUUCCUGAAUGCCUCCAAUCAGAACCCUCUCUCUCCCUUUUCUCAUCUAUUGUUUUAUUGUGCAUCAAAAAUCCCUUAUACUACAUAUACUUGAAGUGAACAGCAAAAAACCCCCUUAACAACAACGAAAAUAAAAAGAAAAGCAUAAAAUUGGGCUUUUUUUUUAUUGCCUAUUUUCGAAGAGCCCCUUUUUUCU